AUGACUUUUGUCUUCCUUAUACCAGCAGUCGCAGGUGCCAUCUGCAAGUUCAUCGUCCUCCCUUCCACCAUGGCCACCUCCGGAUCCAUCUCCCUCCUCUGCCUUCUUGUCGUCCUCUGCUUCUCUUCUUCUCCUGCGAUGGCCCAGCCGUUGUACCAAGUUUGCGACAAUACUGGCAACUACACCGCCAACAGCACCUACAAAUCCAACCUCGACCUCCUCCUCUCCUCCCUCGCCUCAAACGGCUCCCUUUCCGGCUUCUACAACGGCACGGCCGGACAAUCCCCUGACCAGGUCUCCGGCAUCAUUCUCUGCCGCGGCGACGUCGCCACCGCCGACUGUAGCUCCUGCCUCGCUACCGCCGGUCAAGUCCUCCUCCAGCUCUGCCCCAACAAGAGGGGCGCCACCGUCUGGUAUGACGACUGCCUCGUCCGUUACUCCAACAACCAGUCCUUCUUCUCCUCCACCGACAACUCCCCCAUGGCGUACUUGGUGAAUGAGAAGGACAUACCCGAAGUGAGUCGGUUCGACAAGCUGGUGAGUGAGUUGAUGAGCGGGAUAGCGGACCAGGCGGCGGCGAGCAACGGCUCCUCGAAGAAGUUCGCUACCGGGACGAUGAGCAACUUCACGUCAGAGGUUCCGAUCAUCUACGGGCUGGUGCAGUGCACCCCAGACCUGUCAAGGAGUCGGUGCAGGCAGUGCUUGCAGAAGCUGUUCGACGUGAUACCGAACCUGUUCGAGGGGAAGCAGGGCGCGAGGGCGGUGGGCGUGAGGUGCAACAUGAGGUACGAGGUGUACUCCUUCUACCAAAGCACCCCGACGCUGAUACUUACUGCUCCGCCGGCCUCUGGUGGCAGUGGAGGAUCAGGAAAAAAGAAGAAGAAUUCAACAGGGACUAUUCUUGCAAUUGUGAUACCUGUGGCGACUGCAGUGCUACUGAUCUCCAUCGUUUGUAUUUGCUUCUGGAGGAGGAAGUCAGCUAAAAAACCUUCCUAUGAGACUGACCCGGAGAAGAUCACAAGUGUGGAGUCCUUACUAUUUGAUCUAUCUACAUUACGAAUAGCAACAUGCAACUUCUCGGAUGAGAAUAAACUUGGAGAAGGUGGCUUUGGUGCAGUUUACAAGGGACUGCUGCCUGAUGGACGAGAAAUCGCGGUCAAGAAGCUUUUAGCUUCUGAACAAGGGCUUGGGGAGCUGAAAAAUGAGCUUGUUUUGGUUGCUAAGCUCCAGCACCGGAAUCUCGUAAGACUUUUGGGCGUUUGCUUUGAAGAAGAGAAGAUGCUGGUAUAUGAAUACGUUCCUAAUGGAAGCCUCGACAAACUUAUGUUUGAUGCUGAGAAACGGGAGCGGUUACACUGGGGAACCCGAUACAAGAUCAUCGGUGGAAUCGCGCGAGGCCUGCUAUACCUACACGAAGAAUCCCAGCACAAAAUCAUACAUCGGGAUCUAAAAGCCAGCAACGUUCUGCUGGAUUCAGACAUGAGCCCUAAGAUCACAGAUUUCGGUUUAGCGAAGCUUUUCGGCGGAGACCAGACACAGGGCACCACAAGUCGAAUCGUGGGAACAUUUGGGUAUAUGGCACCGGAGUAUGCCAUGCACGGCCACUUCUCAGCCAAGUCAGAUGUAUUCAGCUUCGGUGUUCUGGUUCUGGAGAUUUUGACAGGGAGGAAGAACACCGGUUCCUACGACUCUGCCAACUCGGAAGACCUUCUAAGCUAUGCAUGGGAGAGGUGGACCGCAGGAAGAGGCUUUGAGAUAUUAGACCCAGUUCUGGGCAUCCAGUUCCCGAGUAGUGACGUGUUGAAAUGCAUCAAGGUCGGACUGCUGUGUGUUCAGGAGAAUCCAGUUGACAGACCCAAGAUGUCCACAGUCAAUGUGAUGCUGAACAGUGACAGUGUGUCUCUCCCAGCUCCAUCACGGCCUGCAUUCUGUGUGGGGAAGAGCAGCAUGGACCCAAACUCGAACAAAUCGAUUCUCGGUACAAAAAACCAAACAACUCAGUCUGUAACAAUGUCACCAAAUGAAGUUUCCAUUUCAGAAUUAGAACCGAGAUAAAGAGUAGCCAGUGAUGGAUGACCUUAUAGUUUUGCUUAUGGAUGCUAAGAUACUUUGGCACUGUAAUAAUUUAUCGACUCACUGCUGCUUGCUGUAUUAUUUAUAUGUAAACCUACUUUUUAUCUUGUGUGA